AUUUGUGCAGUCAUUAUUUGUGAAACUAUUGAAAGUUUAGAUGUUGAUACAGAAUCAACACAGUCAAAACUUAAAGAGAAAGACUAAACAACUCCCCAACCUUGGAAAACUGGACAUGACUGAAGAGACAGUGGCAGCCUUAGGUAGACAAAAGCUGUAAUAAAAGUGAAGUAUUUCUAUUGUGAAGUGGAACGAUGGAUUUUGCCACAGCCAGUAGUGUGGUGCUGGAAACCCUGACCAAGGCCACCAGCCAAGACCAGACCAUCCUGAAGCCUGCAGAACAACAACUCAAGCAGUGGGAGACUCAGCCUGGUUUCUACUCCAUUCUUGUGACGAUAUUCUCCAACCAUGCCAUCUCCCUGAAUGUUCGCUGGCUGGCUGUGCUGUACUUCAAGAAUGGAGUGGAUCGUUACUGGAGAAGAACUGCUCCUAAUGCCAUCCCAGAGGAGGAGAAGAACCAUCUAAGGAAACAGCUUAUUGCCAACUUCAACGAGCCAGUCAACCAGGUUGCCACCCAGCUGUCUGUACUGAUAGCAAAGGUUGCGCGUGUGGACUGUCCCCGUGCCUGGCCGGAGCUCAUUCCCACCCUGCUGGAGGCAGUCAAGUCUCCAGAGGUACUGCUCCAGCAGAGGGCACUGCUGACACUGCAUCAUGUCACCAAGACACUGGCUACCAAGAGACUGGCAGGAGACAGGAAGAUAUUCCAGGAGCUUGCAGGAAACAUCUUUAGCUUUGUGUACAACCUGUGGAACAGCCAUAUGGAGACCUUUCUACAGUCAGUGGCCACAUCGCCCGGCAACACUGACCAGCUGCUGCCUCCACUGGAGAGAUGUCUCCUAACUCUUAAAGUCUGCAGGAAGCUAGCUGUACACGGCUUCACAGGUGCAGAGACCAUGCCAGAUGUAAUGGCUCUUCUGAGUGCAACAUACCCAAGAAUCAAGUCCUUACUGCCACUGAGAAAAGAUUUCUCUACUCAUGCUCAGCUAAAGGAAAAGCUAGAAAAGCUUAUCAUUCUGCUGACAAAAGUGCUGCUAGACAUGCUGGAGUACCAUGCUGUGGCCUUCGUCCCGUUCAUCCAGCCAACACUGGAGUUCACCGUGAGCUACGUGUUUACAGAGACAGGAGAGGGGAUGCUGUUUGAGAGGUUUACUGUCCAGUGCCUGAACCUUGUGAAAGCCAUCAUAAAAUGUGACAACUACAGACCUGCCAAAGAAAUAAGUGAAACCAAAGAACCAGCCACAAUAGAAGCCUAUAAGUGUGGGGAUGUGAUUCUUAAAAAAUUAUGUAUUUUAGGUCCUGUGAAUCCAGAAGAUGUCCGUGCCUUGUUACAGAAGGAUGCAGUUUACAGUGCCCUUGGCCUGGCUUCCUACGAGUUGUAUGAUGUGGUAGAUUUUGACCAGUGGUUCCAAAACCAGCUGCUUGUGGAGCUGCAAUGCAAGCAUCCUAGAUAUAAGAUAAUUCGAAGACGAGUCAUCUGGCUGAUUGGCCAGUGGAUUGGAGUGAAGUUCUCUGUUGACUUGCGUCCGAUGAUGUAUGAAGCCAUCCUGCCACUGCUUGGUACAGAGGAGGACCUGGUGGUCCGCAUCACUGCUGCUAAUACACUUAGGAUAGCUGUGGAUGAUUUUGAGUUCAAGACAGAGCAGUUCUUACCAUACUUGGAAAGGAACUUCUCAUUGUUGUUUCACCUGCUACAACAGGUGUCUGAGUGUGAUACCAAGAUGCAAGUGCUACAUGUCCUUUCCUUUGUGAUUGAAAGAGUUGGACCUGAGAUCAGACCGUAUGUGUCAUCACUAGUACAGUACCUACCUAUGCUGUGGGAGGAGUCAGCAGAACACAACAUGCUGAGAUGUGCCAUCAUUACAACACUCAUCCAUCUCGUACAGGGUGUGGGACCACUCUGCAUGAAUCUUUUCCCCUUCCUGCUGCCAGUCAUCCAGUUCAGCACAGACGUGACCCAGCCGCCUCAUGUGUACCUCAUGGAGGAUGGGGUGGACCUGUGGCAUGUGACCUUGCAGAGUGCGACCUCUGUGACGCCAGAACUUCUGCAACUCUUCAACAACAUGCCUGCACUUUUAGAGUUGGGGUCAGAGACCUUGCGGGUCUGCUUCAGCAUAGUGGACUCGUACGUUCUGUUGGGGCCUGGUGAGUUCCUACAGAUGUACUCUGGGAUGUUGCAUGCAUUGCUGUCAGACAUGAUGACAGACCUGAGACCAGAAGGAGUAACCCACAUAUGUAGGGUAAUAGAAAAUAUGUUCCGCGUCUUCCCUGUCGAAGCUCCCCAGCUGUUUCCGGAUAUCUUGUCUCAUGCCUUCAAGGCGGUACUAGAUAAAGAGGAGCUACCACAGCUGAUGUCUAUGUACCUGGUGCUGAUUGCCCGUGUGAUGUUACAGAACAACACUUUCUUCUUCACUUUCCUGUCCAGCCUGGCCUCCAAAGUUGGGCAGCAGCCGGGAGAAGUGUUAGGGACUUUACUGGAUAUCUGGAUGGAGAGACUGGAUUGCAUCAGCCAACCAGAGAGAAGAAAACUCUCAGCUUUGGCCUUGGCCUCCCUUCUGGUCUCAACUGAAAAAGUAAUAGUGGAGCGGUUCUGUGCCAUUGUGAACUGUUGUGUGGAAGUGCUCCAUGAUUGUUGCAGAGAGGACUAUACAGACAUACUGUUGAUGACAGAAAAUAACCCUCAACCUGAGGAUGAGAUGGAGAUGGAAGAGGACAGAAGAAGAAGACAGUUGUCUAUCAAAGAUCCAGUCCACUCAGUGUCACUGAGAGACUUUGUUCAUGCCAAGCUGCAGGAAUGUCAGCAGACACAUGGACAAGAUGGCUUCCAAAAACUCAUGGACACGGUAGACGUUGAGAUCAAAGAACAAUUACAAAGAUUUAUCAAGUAGAUGAUGUAAUUCAUUUGACAGUUUGGCAAACUUAAGUCAGCUUAAAUGAAGCUCUGUGCUUGGUGGUCACUGUUCUAUUGUCUUUCAAUCAGGUUUUGCCAAAUCUAAUUUGGUGAGUAACUCACACCUGUAUAAUGUUUUGUUAAGGCUUUGAAGAUUGCUUGUGCUGGAUGAAAGGAGCACGUAAUUGUUACAUGAUGCUUGCUAACAUUGUUGAGUACUAUUAUCUGCGUACUAUAGCUACUUGGUUUGACAUAUGGUACUAAGUAUAUAGUAUAUGUAGAUAAAACAUUACAGCAGAUCUGCUUCUUAAGGUUGACAAAUGUAAUCCCAAAUUUAGCUAGGAUUUUCAUCACCCAAACCUCAAUGAAUUGCUAUAUACAUGUAUACACGUAAUGUUACAUAUCUGUAUCAUAGUCGGUUGCAAAAAUGACAAAAAUUAAUGAUUCUUAGUGCAAAAUGUACUCAAAGACUAUUUUCCUUUGUUUCUGCCACUCAUAGUACUCUAGUCUAAAGGUUGCAAUACCUGGAGAUAUUUGAGUUGUCAGGUAACAGAUGAAUGUAGAUAAUGGAUAGAGCAAUGAACAUGUUUGUCAUACCUUGUUUGAGAACACAACAAUAAGAGUGUUUGCUAUACAAUAAGACACAUAUUCAAAAGCAAAAGAUGAAUAUCAACAGGGUACUCAUGUAGAUAUUUGUAGGUUACCAUGUAAUCAUGCAAAUGAAGAUGAAAGAUUUUAGAAACUGUUAAGAACACAGCCUGAUUUAGAAUGAGUAUGUACUGUAUGCUUGAAGCAAGAAUGUUGAAAGAAAUGUCAUAUUGAUGCCAGUACAACUUAAAGGCAUAAAACUGGAGAAUGGUCAGAUGUAUUGAAUGUUGUUUAAGGUAGGAUUCUAGUUUUGGGUUGCAUCUGCUUUCUCCAAGUCAGAUGAUAAUCCAGACCUUGGUAGGAACAAGGUUUCAAAAUUGUACAAAGUUUCUGAAGUGUAAAAUUUGGAAGAAAGACCUUUAUGAAUUUAAGAGAAAUUGUUGGGUAUUUUCGUAAGGGAGGGCAUCUGUGUGGUACAUGGUAGAUGAAAAGAAGUAACAUUAUAUGCUUGCAGCUAUUUUUGUGGAAAUACCCGUAAGUCAAGCAGAAUAUGGCAUGAGAAACCUGCUGUCAUGAUAAAGAACAAAAAGAAAUAACAUUUUAAUACACAAACACAUGUGACUGCAUCAACUCUGAAAUAAGCUGAAAGCCUAAUGUGGUCAAUUUAUGAUAACCAUAGCUAGGUUAGAACCUUAGUAUACUGCCAUGAUAGCUAAUGAUAUUGAACUUUUUGUUUAGUACAUUUCCAUGUGGAAGAAAGGAGGUUAGAAAAGGGACCUCCUUGGUAGAAUACAGGUAUAUCCUACAUAUACAACUUAAUACAGCUGAACCUAUACCCAGGCAUUGUUGUAUUGGGUGAUAGAUUUACAUUUAUGCACAGGAUGAGUGUACCAAACCAAACCUGUAAUAAACAGAAGUGGUCCAUAAA